UAAAUACCAACCCAAACAGACACCGUUUCCGUCAAUUCAUCUUCUCAAUUUGAAACCCUAGAAAGCAUAUUAUUACUGCUCGCGAUCUGAAAAUGUCUGGCCGUGGAAAGGGAGGUAAGGGUUUGGGGAAGGGAGGCGCGAAGAGGCACAGGAAGGUGUUGAGGGACAACAUUCAGGGGAUCACAAAGCCUGCGAUUCGGAGACUGGCGAGAAGAGGUGGCGUGAAGAGGAUUUCUGGGUUGAUCUAUGAGGAGACUCGUGGAGUUCUCAAGAUUUUCUUGGAAAAUGUGAUUCGUGACGCUGUGACCUACACGGAGCACGCGAGGAGGAAGACGGUGACGGCCAUGGAUGUGGUCUAUGCCCUCAAGAGGCAGGGAAGGACCCUCUAUGGGUUUGGUGGUUAGACUCUGUUUUAGGGCUUUUGAUCUGUAAUUGUAGCUCUGUCUAUCUCUCCUCUGAAUUGUUCUGUUAUUAGAGGUUUUAGUGUUUUGUAACUCACAAUUUAUAUUUGAAGCUAUAUAUUUUCUAUUUUGUUGCAAA